GCGUGUGACGUAACUCUAUAAAAGAGAGUGCGGUGAAGACGCCGCCGCUAUACCGUUUCCGUUCGCCAAGCACGGCCAUAGCGUCCCAGCUACGGAUCAGAAGGACGCGGGCGGAACCCUUCCGCCGAACUCAAGUGACAGUUCGUCAAAAGAUACGAGAUGAGGUCGUUAUUCUUGUUAGCAGCGUUGUGCUGCUUAGUGUUGUCGGCGUAUGCCAGCCCUAUUGCGAGGUCGGAGGAGCAGGAGAAAGAGGUGGCGCGACAGUCGGCGGCUGCGCCCGCGGCCGCGCCCGCUGCGACUGAUGAUGACGACGAUGACGACGACGAUGACGAUGAUGAGGACCUCGACAUCGAUGAUGCGCUAGCUUCAGAUGAUGACGACGACGAUGAUGAUGAUGACGACGAUGAGGAGGCUGAUGAUGACGACGACGAUGAAGAUUAUCUGGAGAGAUUCUUCGAUGACAUCUUAGGAGGCGAAGACGAAGACGAGGAUGAUGACGAGCCAGCAGCCGUCCAGCCCGUAGCCGCCCCAGCUGACAUCGUUGCCGCAGCACCCGCUGCGCCAGCUGUAGAAGAAGCUGCCGCCGCCGUUGAGGAGACAGACGCAGCAGAGAACGAAGCCGCCCCAGAAGGAGAAGAAGAAGCCCCAGCCGGACAGAAGGAACCCGCUAGCGCAGAAGUUGAGGCGCCCGCUGCCGAAGCCGCCCCUGAGGCUGACGCGGAGGAUGACGAUGACGAUGAUGACGAUAUCACAGACGCGCUCGACCCUGAGGAUGACGACGAUGACGAGGACGAGGAGGAGGACGACGAUGACGACGACGACCUCAGCGACGCCCUCGGCAGGAACAUCUCCGCUAAGCAUCCACGUGCGUUGACCAGCGAGCCGCCCAAGAAGGAGCCAGUCCCUGCUAUCUACAUCGUCAAGUACAACAGAUUCGUGGACAACAUCUUGGAGAAGAUGAACGACAUUUUGAGGAAAUCGUACGACCCUGUCAGCGUCAAACUGCAGCCCAUUGAUGCUACCAAGAAGAGCAGCAAGCCCAAGGACAAGAAUAAGAAGAAGAACAACAAAAACAACAAAAGGAAAUCUACACACAAAAAGAAGAACAGUGCACGCACUCACUCAGAAAAGACCAAAGAGAAAUUAGAACAAGUAUCCACACAAAACCCGGACGAGGUGACACUGAAGAGAGUUGAAGAUCCGAAACCCGAUGAAGUGAGGACUGUUACCGAACAAAUGCCGAACGAUGCUUCCGAAUCGAGAGCAAUUAAAGAUAAAGAAACUAAAGCUAAGCCUACAACGAACAAGACCAAGCCUCCAGCGAAGCAAACCAAACCGAAACGUAAGCCCAGCCCCCCACCUAAAACUACGACGAAGAAGCCAGUAACUACAAAGAAAGACAAGAAUAAGGUUAAGACAAGUAGUGACAAGAACAAGCCUAGAGCGAAAGGAACAUUGUAUGGUCUGUCCUCUUUGAGGCGAGUUGGGGACGUAGCCGUCAACAUAAUGUCGGAUCAUACCACUGUUAAGAGCAACUUUGCUGUUGGACCCCUCAUUCUUCGAGUCGAGAAGGAGGUUGGUCGUGGAGCCAAGAAAGAGAUCAAAUCUGCGACAGCUACUACUGCGGAGAUGACCGGCAAGCUGACGCUGAGGGUCAACAACCAGGGCGUCGCCACGCUGCACGCUAUCAAAGUGCUUCAGCCUAAACAGGUGAACGUGGAUAGCAAUCACGAACGCACCAGGGAGUUGGCAUGGAGAAGAAGCGCAAGAAUCGCUCACGUGGUAUCAGAGAAACUGCUCACAGUAUCAAAACCAAUGUUCUACAAUCAGAAUGUUGAACAAUAAUCAUUGUUUAUUUAUGAGAGCCUUUCGGCAGCUAUAUAGGGAGCCCGUAAGAUAUUUUUGUAUAGUACUGAAUCGUGCAUUUAUUAGAGUACAUUUUGUAGGUAAGGGGAAAAUAUUACAUAUAGGAUUUUUGGAGAAAACCUAAGGUAAAAAAUUGUUUGGGAGUAUUAUUAUUAGUUGUAAAUAUACAGUUAGCAUAUCAGAACAACAGUAACUAGGAUUUUAAACGAUUUAUAGUCGGAACAUUUUUUGUACUGAUUAUUUACGAUACUCAUUAUUUAAAAGUCAGAAAGUGCAUUUAUUAUUUGUAAUGUAUUGGUGCUAAGCUAACAGUCAUGCAUUUAUUUGUGUAUAAGAGUUAUAGACACGACUGAAAUAAAUUAUUAAUUUGUGAA